GUGUUUUUCGAAAAGGUGCGUAACUCCUGUGCUAGAAAUAUAGCAGGGUUGGAAAUAAAAAAUUUUGUUCUACUGUGAAAGUGUUGUUGUUGCAUAAACGUGCUGAUAAGCCAGAAUUUGGUCUGAUAAGGCCUUUAAAAAUAGCUGGUUAACGGCAACAGUUAAACUUAGUGGCCAAUACAGGCGGUGAUGAUCUCAUAGUGAAGUGCAUAAGAGGAAAUGUGAUUUUUUGGUAAUAUGCUUUAAUUUGAUUUUCUUCCUCUUCUUUAGUGAAAACACACAAAAACGGCUGCCCUCAACGAAAGUGCUAUUAAACGAAAAAUAAUUCUUAACGAACAAAUUAAACGAAUAUAUUUAUUAAAGUGAAAAAACCCACACACACACAUACAAAAAAUGCGUUUCAAAAUUCUGAUAGCCUUCGUGCUAGUCUGUGCCUUGUCGACCUCAGUCAUUGCAAGCGAGAACUACUCUUCGGAGCUCGACACCGAUGCCCAGGCGAUCGACCCCAAAUUCAAAGUGUCUAACGAUGCCGAGCUCGUUGAAAUGAUACCAGAGAUCGUGCAGGAACAAGCGAAACCAACGACUACGACCUCCCCAAAGCCAACAACAAAGACCACUACACAAAAGACAAAACCCUCGAGCCCGAUUUCUCCACGCCCAAACAAUGGUGUGACGCCCAGAAAUCAAACAAAAAGCUUCCUGGAAACAGCCGGAGCCUUGAAGGUUAGCAAGGAUUUCUAUCUCGGCGAGUUGGGCUUCGAUAUCAGCGACGACAACGGAUAUGACUGGACUAAUCCCAAUAAUCCUGUGGCUCCACCGGUUAUACCCUCACAUGCUGCCGGCGGUUAUGUCAUUACCUCGCAGCGCUUACAGGAAAUCCGUUCGAAUCUAAUGUACUGGUACUUUGACAAGGACACGAAUGGCGGGCGCGGCGAUUAUCAGUAUGACAUACAUGCCUCCAUGACACAAUUGCACAAAAAUUUGAACUUUCGUCUGCCAUUCUUCGGCUUCGUCUACAAUUACACUCGACUAUCGCUCAACGGAUAUUUGGAGUUCUCCGAUCCGCCAGAGUAUCUGACAUAUCCUCUGGUAUUUCCCAUAAAGGAUUGGCCGAAGCGUCGUGAUCCCGCUUUUAUUGGUAUAUGGUUUUCGAAAUGCCGCGUGGGGCGCAUAUAUCCGACGGACAUUGAUCAGCGCACGCCUGGCGUGUACUUCCGCCUCGAACGUGAUUUGAUUACUCGCACGGACCGUUUCGGCGUCGAGGUGCGUGAGCGCACCAUGUGGGACAUACGAGAGGGCGUCGUGGGCGCAGAGACGUUCAUACCGAAACAUGUUCUCAUCGCCACAUGGAAGAACGUUUCAUUCGCCGGUGGCAUAGACAACGCGCUUUUUACGACAAAUACUUUCCAAAUGGUUUUGGCCACUGACGAAGUGUACACAUAUGCUAUAUACAACUACGAUUUGCUGAAAUGGUCUUCGAACACCGAGGCAGGAGGUGAUACAACCACGGGCGAGGGCGGUGUACCGGCUUUUGUGGGAUUCAAUGCAGGCAACGGUACUCGGUCCUACGAGUACACGCCCUAUAGCCAGCAGAUGGUGAUACGUGACUUGACGGGUCGUGGUUGGGGCAAUGGCUUCCCGGGCCGCCAUCUCUUCCGUAUAGACGAGCAAAUCUUAAUUGGUUCCUGUAAUAAGGAUAUCGAUGCUUCGCUUUUACCGUUGACCUUUGCGCCCGAAGCCGGUAAUAUGUUGGGCGGCACGGUGGUCAACAUCACUGGUCCUUGCUUUGAUCCGAAGAAACGCGUUACAUGCCAUUUCGAUACCGAAGAUGUGCUGGGCACUUAUGUGAAUACAAAUCGUGUUAUCUGUGUGCAACCGUUCUUGAAAGCCGAAGGUUGGGUGCGCUUGGAAAUUUCAAUUGGCAGCCAGCGCUUCAAAUGGCGCGGCAGAUAUUUUGUAGAAACGCCCGCUUUAGCAACGGAGAAGAUUUUCUUCGAAACCGAAGACGUCCACAAGAAAUCACCCGACCAGAUACAAAUCAACUGGGAUCCUUAUAACUUAACUUCAAACGGCAACGCCAAUAUAAUGAUAUCACUUUGGGGCUAUCGCGAAGUUACCAUAUAUCCGCAACUGGAGUAUAUUGACUCAAUCGAGACUGGCCUAACCAACACCGGCUCUUAUGUGAUUUAUCCGAAGAACUAUGAGAACCGCAAUAAUUACAACAACGAUCUCCAAUUCGGUUUCCUGCAAAUAAAUCUAACGAAUCCAGAGCAGUAUUCCGGUCUGAAGAUUAGUCCAACGCUCUGGUCACGUCCCAUCCCUCUGGGCUGGUAUUUCAAUAAGCAAUGGGAGCGCAAGCACGGACUGCGUUGGCCUGAGGCGCUGUGUGAGAAUUGGGUACGAAAUGACCGCUUUUUGAGAACGUUCACUGGGGAUUUGCCGCUUUGUCCCUGCACGCUGGAGCAGGCCGUUUAUGACAAAGGACGGUACCGACCAGAUAAGGAGUGUGACAAGGACUCGAAUCCGACAUGUUUGCAGCACAAAAACGCCAUACAUUGCGUCGUCAGUGGUAAUCCGGUUGCCGAAGGUGCCGAACAACAGUGUUGCUACGAUCGUUAUGGUUUCCUGAUGUUAACACAGGAUCAAGUGUGGGGCUCCCGCCCACGACGUAAUCAUAAUCUUGGUAAAAUGCCUUGGAAUGAGGCCGGAAAGGUGCCGACGCUAUCUAAUUGGUUCCACGACAUGCGUCCAUGGUACUCCUGCUGUCAUUGGCAGAAGGAGCAGUCUGUAAAUUGCGAAACUUUCCGCUUUGAACGUCGACCCACUCAAGACUGCGUGGGCUACCAGGCGCCUGGUGUAUCUGGAGUCUUCGGUGAUCCACACUUCAUUACUUUUGAUGGCACGCAAUAUACUUUUAAUGGCUUAGGUGAGUUUGUCUUGUCGCGUAGUGUGGCCGCUGAUCGUCGCUUCGAGGUGCAGGGUCGUUUUGAGCAGGUGCCCAAAAAUCAAUAUGGCGCUGUGAUGGCUACUCAGUUGACCGCUAUGGCGAUGCGUGGCAAUACGACAACAACAAUUGAAGUGCGUCUGCGGCCGAAAUUUGCUCGUUGGCGCUAUGCCCUGGAUGUGUUGGCCGACGGGCGGCGUAUUUAUUUCGAUCGGGAAAGCAUGCGGUUUCAGCAUUUUGAUGGUGUCACCGUUUACACACCCACUUAUCUCUUGAAUCAGUCCCAAGUUGUUGUGAUGUUCGAUUCAGGCGUAGGUGUGGAAGUUGUUGAGAAUGAAGGCUUCAUGACGGGGCGAGUCUAUUUGCCGUGGGAUUUCAUUAAUAAAACAGCAGGAUUGUUCGGCAAUUGGUCAUUCAAUGCGUUGGAUGACUUUGCGUUACCCGACGGUACAGUGGUCAACUUGAAUCUGAACAAUUUCCAGCAGAUUUACACCGAUUUCGGUCUGAAGUGGAUGUUGGCUGAUCGCAAUAUUCCGGGUGUAGGAACGGCUCUAUUCUCACGUGAAAACGGACGAACUGCCAGCUAUUAUUCGAAUGCUUCAUUUGUGCCGAACUUUGUGAAAGAGCCGCAGGACUUCUUGCCCUCGAACCGAUCGUAUGACGUGGAGCGUGCGGAGGAAUUAUGUGGCGAAAGUUAUCAGUGUCGCUAUGACUACGGCAUGACAUUGAACACGGAUAUGGCGCAUUUCACCAAGAAUUACUACGACAGUUUAGUGAACAUAAGGAAUUUAAAUUCGAAGCGCGUAGUUUCGUGUGGAGUUCUGGAGACUCCUCGCUUUGGACGCAAGUUGAGUUUUGACUUCAUGCCAGGGGCGAAGAUUUCAUUCGAGUGUGAUGAGGGCUUCGUGCUGAUGGGCGAUCAGCGUCGGGAGUGCAUGGCCAACGGCCUUUGGAAUGUUCCUGAGUAUGGUUACACCUACUGUUUGCGUGAGGUAUUCUAUACACGUCGCGUCGCUUUUAUUGCCAUCGCCAUUAUUGUGUGCGUCAUAUGUCCGCUGAUGAUAUGCAUUGUUUGUGGUAUUUACCGGUUCCGUCAAAAACAACUCAAGGAAGAUCCCGCUUGGCAGAUGACCAUACCACGAUCGCGUGCUUCGUCACGUUCCAACUUGCGUCAGCUGAGUGGUCCGGACGACGAUAGCGAUACGGAUGCAACAGGCACACUCAAGAAAAGUAGGUCAUAUGAUAAAGUUUAUCGAACGAAUGAACCACUACCGGGCAAACCCCGUAUUGACUUUCCAGCUAAGAAAUGGGAUCUGGAUGACGAAGAUGUGACCUCAUCCGAAGGUGACAAGCCGCGCCAGAUGGGUAGACGGUCGCUGCGCACCAAUUCGGGCACCGACCAUGAUCAACACGAAGAGGACGGCACAGCCAUAGAUGAGCCGGCUCAAGCCCAUGUGCAGGGACAGGCGCCCGAUGUGACGGAUACAGCGCACCGAGCCGCCUAUAAUCAGCCACCAUCACCCGAGACAGAUGAAGAGCCACAGCAUAGUAGCGCCUUGCACCAGCAAUACAGCCCGACAUUUAGUGGCGCCGAUAGUCGCAACAGCUCCAUGAAUUACCAACCGAAUGCAGCAGUACAGAAUCGCUUUGGCGGAGUGCCGGUCUUACCCAAUAACACACAGUUCUUCAAUCGCCCGCCAUCGAAUAUACCGGCAGGUGCAACAUCAUUGCCGAUACGCCAAGCGCCGACUGCAGUGCCGAUAACGAAUACGUCCAUGCCACUGACGCAAGAUAAUGGCUUACCGUCGCCUCCAUAUGCCGCCUCACCCACACCAUCGGUGCAGCGUUCGACCGAGGUUUGAAAGUACCGAAAACAGAAUUGGAAAAGACGCAAAUAAAUCGCCGUUUGCGAAAUAUUUAUUCAAGAAGUUCAUGCAUCUACAAAAUAGUAAUUAUGUAUGUCGUAAAAUGAUCGCCUACUAACAGACCAUCCUAUCCUAUCGUCGUUCACGUUUAAAAACAGCAUACGAGCAAAUAACUGUAGUUAUUACCAAUACAUUCUAACCUUAAUUUGGAUACAUUCUGCUUAACUCACAGCCAAGUUCAAAUCGCACUCAUUCACUCAUCUAUCCGCCUCAUUGAAAACCUGUAUUUGCCGAAUAAGUAGUGUGGUGCAGCGCCAUAUAAAUUAUUGCUUUGCUGUAGUGUUCGCUCUCCCCGCCAAUCCAGCAUUAAGUUUAAUACGGUUUUUUAUAUAAAAAAUAUUGUUUGCACUUUGAAUUAAACAACCUUAAAUAUAAUGUGUAAAAACUACUCAUAAACCCAAAAUAAAAAAAUAAAAACCAUAA